AUGUCAUGUCCUAAUAACAUAGCAACCGGAAACUUCCUCAUGGAUUCCUUAAUGGGAGGAUCGUUAUCCUGCAGAGGUGACGGUUACUCCGGCGGGCCCGGGAUGUACAUUCACGCCGCCCCGGAUUACGGCUACUCCGGUGGGAGAAACCUGACCAAGGUGGCUGCGUCUUCACUCUCCGGUGGCGUCCCGCUCGGUGGCUUCCAAGACGGGCCCUACCUGCCCGCGCAGCUGGCCUCAUGGACUUCCAAAUCCGGAGGGGACUCGCAACCUGUUGCCCCAUGUUUACAACCGUGCAACGUCAAAGAGGAGGCGUUUUGUGGCCGCUAUCCGGAUAACAGCAAUAAGAGCAGGGACACAACAGAGCCGGCUGUCUACAUCCGGCUGGGGGACAAUAGCUGCGGGCCCCAGCCCGGCAGCAGCUCCUUCCAGGUGUACGACGCCGAGGGGACACAUGAGCCGGACGACCAGCAGCCCCCCUCCGGAUUCUCCCUCACACCCUUAGCCGCCGCGGAACCCGGUUUGAGCCUGCAGACCGGACUGGAACCUGGCAAGGCGGAUGAUGACAGUCAGGACAGGAAGCGGAACGCCAAAAGUGACAGCUGCUCAAAUGACUCGGAUACCGAAUUAAAAGAUCCUUCCGCGGGGAAGACCACCGGAAACUGGUUGAAAGCCAAAAACGGCAGGAAGAAGAGGUGCCCCUACACCAAGCACCAGACCCUGGAGCUGGAGAAGGAGUUCUUGUUCAACAUGUAUCUGUCCCGCGAGCGCCGCCUGGAGAUCAGCAGGAGUAUCAACCUGACCGACAGACAGGUCAAGAUCUGGUUCCAGAACAGGCGCAUGAAACUGAAAAAACUCAGCAGGGAGAGUCGCCAUAGGCAACAUGGCGCCGUGUAUCACUACAUCUAGAAACAUUAUCACGCACAAACACGCACAUAAACAUGUACAUAUAAACAUAAUUCAUUCAUUAUAAUUAUUAUUAUUGACUCUUUGCCUAAAAAAAACAAAACAUGGACGACAGUUUUUGGGAAGGAAAAAAAAAGACACCAGUUGUGCACGUGCACGAGAUGCCCAAGCAGCCACGUCACGACCCUCCGCGUCAAAACAACCCGCAGAGGGGGAGCAACGUGAGCCAAGUUGUCCCCUGCAAAAAAAAGUGUGAAGAAAAGAAGAGAGAGAUAGAAGACGAAGAGAGCACCGGGUCACUUUUAAUAGAAGCCGGCGACCAUAACCUUGAUUUAAAUAUUAUCCAGGUGACCACAGUAAGUCAAGGUCAUAAAAUUCUAAUGUCAGCUUCGCCCCUGGAAAGCGUUGGGGGUGGAUUUUAUGAUCUGCAAAUAUAAUGUGCCGCAGCAGUAAAAGAUGCGCUUAAAAAGGUGUGCGGGCGAGGAGGAGGGCGAAUCACACGCACACGGCGCUGGCUUGCAAAGUGCACGAUCCACCACGCUUUGGAGGCUGCACGGAGGCUGCGGCCGGGAUAAAGGGAAGAUGGAGGAUAAGCGUGGAGGAGCGCGUGCAUCCGGGAGAACACGUGGACGGGAGACAAGACUAUUGGAAGCAAGUCAAGUGGCGCACAGGAACUGAAGCCGUCAGACCCUGACUUCCUCCAAGGGACACUUCAAGUGAGGUGUGACAAGACACUGCAGGACGUAACAGGGGGCAUGACUUUAAA